AUGCCGGGGUUCGAUUUCUCAAAUUACAACCGCAAUGCUGCGCUCCACGCCAGAGGUGUUCCUCUUCCCAAGGCCACCAGCACAGGUACUACUAUCGUAGGAUGCAUAUAUGAUGGCGGUGUAGUGAUUGCCGCCGACACGCGAGCGACAUCCGGACCCAUCGUGGCCGACAAGAACUGCGAGAAGCUGCACUACAUCGCGCCGAACAUCUGGUGCGCGGGCGCGGGCACGGCGGCGGACACGGAGUUCACGACGGCCAUCAUCUCGUCGAACCUGGAGCUGCACUCGCUGUCGACGGGCCGCAAGCCGCGCGUCGUGACCUGCAUGACGAUGCUCAAGCAGCACCUGUUCCAGUACCAGGGCCACAUCGGCGCGUACCUCGUCGUCGCCGGCGUCGACCCCACCGGCACCCACCUCUUCACCGUCCACGCCCACGGCAGCACCGACAAGCUGCCCUACGUCACCAUGGGCUCCGGCUCGCUCGCCGCCAUGUCCGUCUUCGAGACCCAGUGGAAGGCCAGCCUCACCCAGGACGAGGCCGUCGAGCUCUGCAGCCAGGCCAUCCAGGCCGGUAUCUUCAACGAUCUGGGCUCCGGCUCCAACGUCGACGUCGCCAUCAUCACCAAGGACAAGACGACGCUACGGAGAGGAUAUGUCCGACCCAACCAGCGGUCACAGAAGCUCGGCAACUACGUCUUCCCUAAGGGCACGACGGCGGUGCUGAACGAGAAGGUGAUUCGCAAGGAUGAGAUUGGCAAGUAUGUGAGCGUGCACGAGCUUGCGGUGGAGGGCGAUGACGAGAAGAUGGAUGUGGACACGUAA